CGCCAUUUUUAUUAAGCUGCUCUGAAAACGUUUAUCAUUCAUCACCAGCUUGUCUAAAUAAAAAUCGGUUUUAAAGUGACUCGUCUACAAUUUGGUAGCGAAUAUACGACCAUUGUGUUACUAAGUCUAUUUACAAUUACUUUUCCAAUAAGUAUGGAGCGACGCAAUAACGUGGCCGUAGAUGGAGACGAUCAGAGUGAAGACGGUCAACUACAAAGUCCCUAUGACGGAAAUGAUAGGCAAUACUAUGACAAUCCUCCAUAAGUGCAUAUGAACUCACACUGAAACAUCAAUGUCUUACCCAUGGGAGUCGUAAAAUAAUUAAAAAUAUAAACCCGCUGGUGUGAGGCUAGAUGUUUUGUGUAUCGGCCGCGGCGCCAAAUAUAACAUCCGUAAUGGUGAUUUUUUUUGUUAAAAUCCUUUGGUUUUUUUUUGUUUUAAUUUUGAUUCGAGACGUAAAGACGAAAACUACUUAACAAAAAAAAAAUUGAUAAGAAAUCCCGAGAACUGACUUGCGAAAAUUGUACAUGAGUCAUGUUCUUGUUAAAAGUUAUUUUUUUAGUAAAUUAAGCGUAUAAAAGUAUAAAAACAAAGGUCACAUCCAGAACAGUGUCAACAGUAAUGUGUUGUUAUUUUCGCAUUAUUAUAAUUAAUUUCACGUAAAUUUUAGCUUAUUUGUAAGGGAUGAUGUGCAACAGUGAAGUGUUCGUCGUCUAUAAUUAACCAUCAAUCACUUCAUUGGGUUCACACUGAACGGACGAGUUGUAAUAACUAUGACGUUGACACUGCUGAUUCACUGGAAAUAAAACCACCGCAAGCUGGACGAAGUGAACAUCGUUACAAAGAAAAGAAAUCAUCUCGAGACAAAAAACAUUCCAGAACUGAACGUAGACAUAAGGAGCGCGACAGAACGAGAGAUCGUGAUUAUCAAGUUGAUCGUCGACAUGGACAUCGAAUCGAACGUACCGACCGUAGCAGGCAUUCUCGCAUACAGCAACAAUCGCCCGACCAACGUUACGAAAUGCAUCCGAGGGAACGUGAACAGUAUCGAACCACUCACAAAGAUAUUAGAGAAAUGGAGAAGCGACCGAAAGAGUACGAUCGAAGGAAAGAGGCUGUUGACAAAUCGGAAGCGGAACGUGAAUUGGAAGACCUGCGGAGUCGACUGCUGAUCAAACGUAACAAAUAUGCCGAUGCUGAGAAACGGAUUAUCGCCGAAGAGCACACAGAAAUUGAAUAUCGAUCGGAGCAUAGAGAAAUUUAUCGUUAUGACCAUCACUCUAGCAAAAGAGAGAAAGAGAUAUCACGCAAAGAGUAUAAGCAUAAAUCGAAAAAGAACGUCAUCGAACUGAUCGAUAGUCCCGAAAAUGAUGAAACGGAACUGUCAUCGAAACACAAGGAAGAGAAACACAGGCAAACAGAAGAUCCGGAAUUGAUAGCAAGACGAGCAAGACUUCUUGAAGCUGAACGUGAAAUGGCUAAGCGUAAGGAAUCGGCAAGAGAGGAGCUCGAAGCUAGACGAGAACUUCGACGAGAGCAAAAGGAAACCAAUCCACCUCAAUCAGUGUCGCCAGUGCCGAAAAAACGACGGAUGUCGGACGACUCAGAGUCCGAGACAAAGAAGUUAAAAGAUGAUGAGCCCGUAGACAUUUCUGAUAAUUCUGAUGACACAGUUUCAGAUACAGAUAGCAACACCGACGACUCUGACGAUCAAGACAAUUCCGAAGAGGAGCUAGUCGCAAGUCCUUUAUCCGUAGGUGACCUCUCCAAAUCGGAUCGACGUAGAAGAAAAUCUCGAUCGCGGUCAAUGUCCAGGUCGCAUACAAGGUCACAUACGAGGUCAAGAUCAAAAUCGCCGGCAAGGUCACGAACCUCAAGAUCGAGAACUCCGUCCAGAUCGCCACGUUUGCGUGAUCGUAGCCGUUCGUCAACACCUGCAUCUGACUUCGAAAAAGACAAGAAUCCGGAUCAACCUACCGAAAAAGUUGAAGAAACACCACCAGUUGAAGAGGUUAAAGUUCAAUUACCCAAUUACUUUCCUGGCAUUCAGGGCUGUCGUUCGGUUGAAGAAUUUCAAUGUCUCAAUAGAAUCGAAGAAGGUACAUAUGGCGUUGUGUAUCGUGCCCGUGACAAACGAACCGAAGAAAUUGUGGCCUUGAAACGUCUAAAAAUGGAAAAGGAGAAAGAGGGAUUUCCCAUCACCGCACUGAGAGAGAUCAAUACACUGUUGAAAGGACAACAUCCAAAUAUUGUAACGGUUCGGGAAAUUGUCGUCGGCAGCAAUAUGGACAAAAUUUUUAUUGUCAUGGACUAUGUGGAGCACGAUCUAAAAAGUCUCAUGGAAACGAUGAAACACCGAAAACAAGUAUUUUUACCGGCUGAAGUGAAAUGCUUGACACAACAACUACUGAGGGCAGUGGCACAUUUACACGACAAUUGGAUUUUACAUCGUGAUUUGAAAACAUCGAAUCUGCUGUUGUCUCAUAAAGGCAUCCUGAAGGUCGGUGACUUUGGCUUGGCACGAGAGUACGGUUCGCCCCUGAAGGCAUACACAUCGAUUGUGGUAACAUUAUGGUAUCGUGCCCCCGAAUUGCUUCUGUGCUGUAAAGAAUAUUCAAUUCCCAUUGAUAUGUGGUCAGUGGGUUGUAUUUUUGCUGAAUUCUUAUCGAUGACCGCACUGUUUCCUGGAAAAUCGGAAAUUGAUCAGCUGAAUCGUAUUUUUAAGGACCUAGGAACGCCGAAUGAAAAGAUUUGGCCUGGUUACGGUGAGCUGCCUGCCGUACAAAAAAUGACGUUCGCCGAAUAUCCGGUGUCGAAUCUACGGAAAAAAUUCGCUCAUUUCACCAGCGAACUGGGACUAUCACUGCUGCAAGGGCUUCUCACGUACGAUCCGAAGCAAAGGUUUACAGCUGACCAAGGACUGAAGAGUAGCUACUUCAAAGAACUACCGUUGCCUAUUGAUCCGGCAAUGUUUCCUACCUGGCCGGCAAAGAGUGAAUUAGGUGCUCGCAAAGCGUUGGCUUCGUCACCAAAGCCACCCAGUGGGGGCGGACAAUAUAAGCAACAAUUAGCAGAAAAUGACGAUAACCGUUUUAUGUCAAUGGAUCCGAGGCAAUUGGCAAUGGGGCCAGGUUUUAGUUUAAAAUUUUAAUUUUUUUUUGUAAAGGAAUUGAAACAAACACAUUAGGGCCAAUGAAAAAUAAAAACAGAAAAAUAUUUUA